AUGUAUUCAUCCGCCCCGGGGACCCUUUUGUGUGGAUUUUCCACGAACAUGGAGAUGUUGGUUGCUGCCCGAUUUCUCUCUGGUAUGGGAGGUGGUGGUAUUCAAACGACUUCCUCGAUCGCUACGAGUGAUAUGUAUUCCAUACGGUCGAGAGGGCUUGCGCAAGGGGUAGAAAGUCUGUUCAAUGGCCUGGGCAUGGGUCUGGGAGGACCUAUAGGAGGUCUCAUAAGCGACCGGUUUGGUUGGAGAUGGGCGUUCUUGAUACAAGUGCCCUUUUUUGCACUGUCGCUCGCUCUUACGACUUACAACUUGCGAUAUGUCACCCCCGGAGACAGCAAAAGCACCAAAGAGGUGCUGAAGAGAAUCGAUUAUGGCGGUAUUUUUACCCUUUUACUUUCUGUCGGAUCGUGCUUGGUGUUCUUGAGUAUGAAAUACAACGAGGAUCUCCCGUGGUCGAACCAAUGGGUAUACGUACCGCUGGCUCUCGCUGGCAUUUUUUUCGUAGUUUUUAUUUUGGUAGAGUUGUUAGUUGCGCCCGAGCCUAUGAUGGCGCCAUCACUCUUGAAACAGAAGGUCCCUAUCCUUAUUGGAGCCAGCAACGUCCUUGUGUCAUCGUGCAGCUUGUCCGUGAUGUAUUUUUUUCCGAUGAUCAUAACUCCGUAUCAGAUCCCAGUCGGGUUUGGCAACGCCGUGAUUUUACAGACAAACCUUGUUGCGCUGCUCGCACACCUCCCAGAGAGUUCGAUGGCCGUUGGCACUGGUUUCAUACAGCUUUUCCGAGGCUUGGGACAAGUAGCGGGCGUUGCGAUUUCAUCUGCGCUAUUCCAGUUCAAACUUGACCACGAGCUUCGGUCAAGGAUACACGGCGAUGGCGCAGCAGAGAUUGUGAGUAAGAUCAGGCAUUCUACCACCUUCAUGGGGAAGUUGCCGCCGGAUUUGCAACGCGUAGCAAGAGACUCAUACGCCAUAAGUCUCCGCGCCGUGUUCGCACUUGCUACGUGUUGUGCGUUGUUGGCGUAUAUCAUCCGACUACCGAUCCCCGAGAAAAAGUUAGACCGUCGUCCAGGGGGGACUGAUAAGUCCACUAGCCCCGAUUCUCCUGCCAAUGGGCACGCCGUUGAUUCUGACGAAGAAGACAAUGACACUCUGCGGUUUCCUUCCCAACGCGGGCGAAGGUUCCGUAUACCUGAGUCGACAGAAGUAGUGAUAUUCCGGCCCGGCUUGGCUCGAAAGCCGCGGCUUCGGCCUGGCUUCAGACGGCUUGGGCUUGCAAAAAUUCCAGGCCGGGCCAAAGCCGCCAGUGACGGCUGGCUUUGGCUCGGCUUUGGCCUGAGCCGCGGCCCAAGUACUGAAAAUGGAGAAAAGCAUUCAGAAGAUAAUUUUCAUCAUGGAGUCAGCAUCUGA